CAAUUAUUCAUAAUAGUCGAACAGAUGGGACUGUCUUAUUCACAAUCAAUCUGGGCAAUCUGAUAAAACAUGGCAGCCAAAGUCCAAGUGGGAGUGAUGCUGCCAAUCAACUUGGGAGAUCGGAUUAAUUGAUUCUCCUUAAUCCCAUACCCAUGACUCAACAAGGAAUACACGUACAAAACAGCGAAAUAAUUCCCAUUCGAGUACUUAUUCUUACCAUAAACCUCGUGUUUUUGGAUUUCUUCAUAACUCAAUGAGCAGAAUUUCACUGCAUUGAUGAAGUAUUACUCCAAAGUGUACUGCUCCAAAUUCAAGAAUUCAGCCAUAAAUUAAACUCCUCCCAAACCAUAGAUUAAUUCUGAAUCAAUUUCCGGUUGAUAGACUCCGUUGAUACCACAAUUCUCGUAAAUACAUUUUGACUUGUCAUUAUUGAGAUAUUGAUUAAUUAAUUCUAAACAAUUAUUAAUAUUGCC